CUUUUAAGGGCACAUUUUCAACGCGUUCUGCAUUUAAAUUUACUUAAUUACAAGUAAUUAGUCACAUAAGAGUUCAAAAGAAGGCAAUUAGAACAGCUAUUGUGACGUCACAAUGGCCACUUCUUAACUCUAUUCACAAAGCGAUUACUUGAUUGAAAAAUAAAAUUCUCGGACAGCAGUAAACGAAUAUUAGACGUCAAUCUGGUUUAGUAUAGGUUCUUGGUCUUGGUAAUGUAAUGGCGUUAUGUGCGUGGUCUUAUGUAGUGAUAUUGCUCGCCUGUUUAUGUGUUCCUGUUCACUGUUGGUGGCCUUUCGAAUCAGGGACGGUAACGGAUCCUCCGACGAAAGUUAAAAAAGAAAAUGGUGGAAAAACUGGCGAGUUUUUACGCAACAGCCCCGUCCCGUUUGAAAUGUCUGUCGCAGAACAAAAAUUUUUGGCCGAAGCACAACGAUACAUGGGUGACAUGGCCGCUUUGGAUCAAUGUCAUCAAGUUAUAAUCACUCGAUUGAGAAAAUCGUGUCACGAGCUUGGAGAAGAAGAAAUUGGCAAACUUGCCGUAUCUUUAUUCAAUUGUCAGUCAAAGGCCGAAGGAAGACCCUUGUUUUACUGUUCAUCGGAGAUGAGCCUGCGAGAUUGUACUUCAGGAAUGGAUCCAGAUGCAUGGAAUGCGUAUCAUAUUAUCAGCAAUCGUGCAAGAUCCGUAUGUUACGCCACAAGGAAUACACAGUUCCGUCUCAAGACUGAAUAUCUCGUUAAUAAACUGGCAGUGACUGCCGGUGAUCAAAUGAACUUCCUCGAGAAACUGCAGAUAGGCCAAGAAAAUUUAAACCAAGCCACUAAGGGAACGUUGAAUCGACUCACAAGUGGCCAUAAGGAUUUGAUUAAAGAGCAAGUGAAAAUACGAAAUGACUUUGGACAAGUGAGCAGCGAGUUGACGACAAAACUGAAAGACAACAUGGCGGCCUUGGAUUACGAAAAACGAGUAAUCCAGGAAGCAGAGAAGCAACUUUCUUCGAUGACAUAUAAAAUUUCCUCAAUGUUUGGUACUGAGAAUAGCACGGUGUGUUUUUUUCGCUUUGCAAAGCAGUACGUUGUGAUCAAACCAUUGGAUUUAACAUUUCCUUUAGCUAGCACAAGCGCAGAAAUCCGUUCACAGGAGGAAAAGCGAAAGAUGGAACAUGCUGCAGUAGUGGAGGAUCUUGGUGAGAUCAAAGAAAAGACUGUGAAUACUUGGAAGUUGAUUGAUGACAAGACGACCGAGAUUCGUGAUCAUCAGGAUGAGACGCUAAGCCAUCAUAAAAAUAUUAUUGAUAAUUUACGAAGAUUAAACAGCACAAUUGGAAUCAUUAUCAAUUCAAUAGAGGAGUUUGAAACAAAGUUUGACGAACGCUUGACCUGGUUGGCAGCGCAAUUCGGAGGGACUGAUAACAAACUGGCUUGCCUAACCACGUGUUUGGGUCAUUUCAUCUUUUUCGUUGCCAUUACGUUGUUUGUGAUUUUCAUCAAUGGUCCAUCGAUAUCCCGCGUCUUCACGCUUAUCCUUGUUCCCUUCAAUGCCCUGAUCGAAAUCAGACUGAUGGCUGGAAUGUCGUAUCUCACGAUGACCAUGUUAAUCAUGGCUGUGAUAGUUGGUCAUUAUGCGAUGGAAGUGUCUCAAAAGAAGGCGAGAGCUUUGAAAACAGGAAUAUCGAAUUUGAAAUCUUUGCCGCAAACAGGAAUGAGUUACAUCGACAGACUGCACGAACCCGAGAAUCUUGGAUCUUGUACACCCAUACGCGCAGGUGAAGGGAAUUGCAGUUUCUUCAAUGCCGACCGAGAUUCGCCAUCUAAUGCUUGGACUAGCGAGAUAAACAGGUCGUCGACACCAAAGACCUCCCGUUCCUCUCAUCAAUUCCCUUCGGUCAAUCCAACAGACCCAGAUAUGGUUAAACGUCAACUAAACACGACAGCCGACCAGUCCACCAACACUGCAAUAUCGACCACCUUAAAUAGCACGCCAUCGAAACGUAACCUUUAUAUAAGGCGAUGCGGUGCCAUCACGAAGCAAGGUUCCGCCUGCAAACGUAAGGUCAGCAGGACAGCGGUUGCUUGCGAUCUACACCGCAGUUGAUGAUGGAAUGGAGAGCGCUAGCGAGAGCUUGUCAGCUGCUCUAUGUCAGAACAAUAUUCCAUCUCACGUUUUCAACUGAAAUGUUUUGAUAAAAAGGUGUAAUAUUGUAUAUAUUGUUUAAUGUAUGUAUAUAAAUAUAAAAA